AUGGCUCGUAAGACUGUGUGCGGUCGUCUCAGUACUCUGGAGGUCUGGCUCAUAGUUCUGUUCCUCUUGAUGACAGUAGUGUCAGUGGGGCUGAUAACUGUCUUAGCCCUCAAGGUGGAUUCAGAAAAACGUAAUUACAAGGAGCCGACCCCGGCCCCGACCGUAAAUCCUCCAGAGAUCUCCUAUGUGAUUGGUGUAGGCCGAGCAGACUGCACCGGGCCUGUGGCUGACAUACCUCUGAUGGGCUACGCCAAUACUGAGCAGACGGCGAGGGGUCUCCACAUGCGUCUAUUUUGUAGAGCAUUUAUUGUGGAUGACGGCAGUAAGAGAGUGGUGUUUGUGACUUCGGACAUCGGCAUGGUCUCUCAAAGACUGAGGCUAGAGGUUUUGCAAGAGCUGAAAGCGAAAUACGGAGACCUCUACAGGCAGGACAAUGUGAUUAUGAGUGGCACUCACACACAUUCGGGUCUGGCUGGCUAUUUUCAGUACACCCUCUUUAUGAUCACCAGUAGUGGCUACAUUAAACCAUCCAUACAAGCCAUUGUCAAUGGAAUAGUGAAGAGCAUUGACAUUGCUCAUAGGAAUAUGAGACCUGGGCGAAUUUUUAUUAACAAAGGACAAAUAGAUGACAGCAACAUAAACAGAAGCCCACACUCUUAUAUGAACAACCCGGAAGAGGAGAGAAACAGGUAUGAAUUCAACACAGACAAGCAAAUCGUGAUCCUGAAAUUCACAGAUAUGGACGGGGACGGUAUGGGCAUGCUCAGCUGGUUUGCUGUUCAUCCCGUCAGUAUGAAUAACACCAAUCGCAUGGUGAGCUCAGACAACCUCGGCUAUGCCUCCUACGCCUUUGAGCAGGACAAGAACCGAGGCUUUCUACCAGGGGAGGGUCCGUUUGUAGCAGGCUUUUCUUCCAGUAACCUUGGAGAUUCAUCUCCCAACAUUCGCGGACCCGUCUGCUUGAACACGGGCGAGAAGUGUGACUACCUUAACAGCUCCUGCCCCAUUGGUGGAAAAAAAGCAUGCAUUGCUUUUGGACCGGGCGAAGACAUGUUUGAGAGCACCAGGAUUGUUGGAGAGAAUAUGUUUAAAAAGGCAAAAGAGCUGUACGGCAGUGCACAACAGGAGUUGCAUGGUGCCGUCCAGGGUGCACAUCAGUGGGUCAACAUGACAGAUGAAACGGUCCCGUUUAACUCCACUCAUACAGGACGGACAUGCAAACCUGCUCUGGGUCACAGUUUUGCUGCCGGAACAACAGAUGGAGGCGGAGAGUUCAACUUCGUACAAGGGGAUACAGAUGGAGACCCCUUCUGGGACGGCAUAAGAGAUCAAAUUGUGGGACCUCCGUCAAAUGAUACCCAGGAUUGUCAUCGGCCCAAACCCAUCCUGUUUAGCACGGGAGAGAUGGAUUCACCCCUCCCAUGGCAUCCAGCCAUUGUGGACGUUCAAAUCAUCACUAUUGGCUCUUUAGCCAUAGUUGCGGUCCCAGGUGAAUUUACUACCAUGUCCGGGCGAAGAAUGCGGGAGGCAGUCAAACAGGAGUUGGAGAUGCAUGGGGCUUUCAAUAACGCAGAGGUGGUCGUCGCCGGCCUGUGCAACAUCUACACCCAUUAUAUUACUACAUAUGAAGAGUAUCAGAUCCAGCGUUAUGAGGGUGCAUCCACAAUCUUUGGCCCUCACACUCUCUCUGCUUACAUUCAGCGCUUCAGAGGUCUGGCCAAAGCUAUAGCUCAGGGAACCAUUGGAGAGUUGCCCAAAGGUCCUGAACCUCCUUUCUUUCCUGAGGACAAACUCUUUAAUCUAGUGAAGGAUCCGGUAGACGAUAAAGCACCAGACAACAUCGCCUUUGGCGAGGUCUUAGAGCAGGUUAACCCUGUCUAUAAAGUGGGAGAUAUCGCAUCAGUCACAUUUGUCUCUGGAAACCCGAGACACUCAGGAGAUAUUAGAGAUAAGACGUUUGUCACAGUGGGGAGAUUUCACAACAGCACAGACACGUGGGAAGUGGUUCACACAGAUGCAUCGUGGGAAACAAGAUUUCACUGGAUAAAAGGAGCCGGUGGCCUGAGUAACGCUACAGUGGAGUGGCACAUCCCUUCCUCAGCACAGACAGGAACGUACCGCAUUCAAUUCUCUGGACACUACAAACAAUCUAAUGUCGUCACAGCAUAUACGGGAACUUCCGAUGUUUUUAAAGUCACCAGGAGUUUUUACUACUUCUGA